GCCAUGGGGUAGUUGGGGGGUAGGGGCAUGGUGGUGAAGUCUUCUUCCUUGAACCUAUUUAUACCACCACCAAACAUGUCCAAGGGGAAGAGAAGGCAAAUUCAAGUAAAGCCAUGUUUUUGAAUCUUCUGAUAUUGCUUCCACUGCUUAGUUUUCUGUCAUCAUGGCCAAUAGCUAUGGUGGCUUCACCCCUAUCGUUGCCUGGUUGCAAGGAUAAAUGCGGAAAUGUGAGCAUCCCCUACCCAUUUGGUGUUGAAGAAGGAUGCUUCAGGGAUAUGAAUUAUCUUGUACGUUGCGAGGCCCAGAAUGACAGCAGCCCGAAAGCUUACGCAGGAACUGGCAACCUUGAGGUACUUGUGGUAUCAUUGGAUGGUAAAGCUAAAUUCAACAUCGACUUUUAUGCUUCUGAAUGCUUCGAUUCUACUAGUGGAGUAAUAGAAACAGCUUAUGAUUAUUGGUUGGAUCUGAGAGCAUCGCCCUACUGGUUCUCAGCAACCGACAACAAAUUUAUAGCCAUUGGCUGUGACACGCUUGCCUACAUUAGCGAGUACACGGACAAUGACUUCACCACUGGGUGCGUGUCUGUGUGCAGUAACUCUAAUAGUGUGAGGAGCGACGGAUCGUGCUCUGGAAUUGGUUGUUGCCAAACCCCAAUCCCUUGGGGGCUCAAACGUUUCAACGUGAGUCUUACAAGUUUCUUUAAUCAUACGAGGAGCGGUUCGUUCAAUCCUUGCAGUUUUGCUUUCUUGGCUGAGCAAGACUGGUUCACCUUCAGUUUAUCAGAUAUCUCGGCUCUCAGCCUCCAGAGCUCAAAUAUUCCGGUGGUGAUGGAAUGGGCAAUUGAUAAUCAGACAUGCGAAGAAGCGAAACAAGAUACAAAAUCUUAUGCGUGCGGUCCAAAUAGCAAUUGCUCUGAUUCAACCAAUGGCCCUGGCUAUAGGUGUUAUUGCAAAGAUGGUUUUGAAGGGAACCCUUAUCUUCCUCACGGAUGCCAAGACAUAAAUGAAUGUGAAAAAGGACAAAAUAAUGGAUGCUAUAACGAGAGUGCUAUUUGCAAUAAUACUGUGGGAAGUUAUAGCUGCUAUUGUCCAAUAGGCUACCAUGGGGAUGGUUGGAAAAAUGGGACUCGCUGUACUAAGGACCUCAAAGGCUUUCCGUUGAUAAAAGUUAUUGCAGGUGCUGGUAUAAGCUUUAUAUUUGUACUUGUCUGUAUUUAUUUUGCAUAUUGGGGAAUCCAAAGAAGAAGAAUUGUCAAACGUAGAGAAAAAUUCUUUCAACAAAAUGGAGGUUUGCUAUUGCGGCAACAAAUUUCUUCACGUAGAGGUAUCACAGAUAAUGCUGGUAUAUUUACCGUAGAAGAGCUCAACAAGGCAACCAACAACUUUGAUGAGAACCAGAUACUUGGCCAAGGAGCAUAUGGUACAGUUUUUAGAGGAAUCUUAAGCAGCAAAGAUGUGGCAAUUAAGAAAUCCAAUGUAAUGGAUAAAAGCCAAAUCAUACAGUUUAUCAACGAAGUUGAUAUCCUUUCUCAAAUCAACCAUAGAAAUGUGGUGAAGCUCUUGGGUUGUUGUUUAGAAACAGAGGUUCCAUUGUUGGUUUAUGAGUUUAUCUCUAAUGGAACCCUCUUUCAACAUAUCCAUAAUGAGAAUCAGGUAGUGUCUAUUUCAUGGAGAAACCGUUUGAGAAUUGCCGCUGAGACAGCUGGUGCACUAGGGUAUUUGCACUUUGCUCAUUCAAUACCAAUCCUCCAUAGGGAUGUUAAGUCUUCUAAUAUACUUCUUGAUGAUAGUUACAUGGCUAAGGUAUCUGAUUUUGGAGCUUCAAGGUUGGCUCCUUUGGAUCAAACUCAAGCACCAACAUUAGUUCAAGGGACCUUAGGUUAUCUGGACCCAGAAUGCUUUCACACAGGUCAACUAACUGAUAAGAGUGAUGUUUAUAGCUUUGGUGUUGUCCUUGCUGAGCUUUUGACUGGGCAAAAGCCGAUUAUAUUAAAGGGACCUGAGGAACGUAAAAGCCUUGCCAUGAAUUUUGUUUCUUCAUUGAAAGAUAACAAUCUUUUUCAGAUUCUUGAUUACCAAGUGUUAUGUGAGGGAAAUAAAGAGCAAUUAGUUGCAGUUGCUGAGCUUGCUAGAAGAUGCCUGAAGCUUAAAGGAGAAGAUAGGCCCACAAUGAAGGAAGUUGCAACGGAGCUUGAUUCACUAAGAAAGUUAUAUGAGCACCCAUGGCUACAACAUAACCAUGAGGAAACUCAAAGCCUUCUAGGUGGACCAUCAACAAGUUCUAUUAUCGAUGUGACUGGUCAAGAAUCUUUAGGGGAUUCUUUCAUGUUACCGCUAGAGAUUGCUCGUUGAUCAUUCCGCACUAGCAGGUGGUUUUUACAAUGAUGAGAAAGUUGUAUAGUAUUUUAGUGAUUAUGGUUGGUAUUGUAGAUCCUACAAGGCCUUUUUGGAUAGUUCUACAUGGAUAAUCUCUUACUGUUUCAGGGAAGCCAACAAUGUUGCAAACAAACUAGCUAAACAUGCAGCCUCCACUCAGACGUCAAUAACUUGGGAUGCCCUCCCAAAUUUUCUUUAUGAAGAUCUUCUUUGGGAUUCUUAGAUGAGACCGAGAUAUAGGUUCUCAUAAGAAGGGUUUUUUACUUUCUAGAUUGAGCUAUUUUUCUGCUGAUGGCCAUGCCAAAGGUGGAUCAAUAGCUCAAAUUCAGAUUUAGAAAAAUAAUUUUCUACUUUGUGUUUGUUCUUCUAUCCUGUUGAUGGCCAUGCCGAAGGUGGUUUAGAAGUUCAAUGGUUGUGCAUUUCCUUGUAUCAUUCAUUCUUUCUCCUGUAUAAUAUAAUUCACUUGCUGAUUCUUAGCAAAAA